CACACGCAGACACUGAGCAGAAGCGACAGCAGCAGAAGAUAUAGAAGAGCCGGACGGUGAAGCGCGAGCUCCGAUUAAACCAGGGAUCUGGGGACUUCAUUUUAACGCACGUGCCAUUCAGCGUGUUUAUUAAUGGGACCAUUCCGGUCCUCGGUACUUCUCUUUUACCAAUUUUUCGGAGUUCUUUUUCUUUUUUAAUCUGAUCUGAUCUGAUCUGAUUAAAAGGCGGAUGAAGUGACUGGUGGAUUUACCUGCAAGUGCGACACCCAAGAGAGACAAUGCUGGCCAGGAUUGUGUUCCUUUGUUCCUUUUUAGCUUGUGCUAGUUUUCAGGAAGAUGAGAGCCCUAAGGUAUCGUUUGGAGGAGCUUGUGAAACGUUGUGUGCCUGUGAGGAGAAAGAUGGCAUGUUGAACAUAAACUGCGAGGACAGGAACAUAAACAAGAUCUCUCAAGUCCAGGUACCUUCAGAUAGACCUUUCCAUCUGAAUCUAUACAAAAAUGAUAUUGUGGAGCUGCUCCCAGAAGAGAUGGAGGCUUUCAGGAAUGCAGUCACCUUACAUCUGGGCGGUAACAGCAUACAAGAGUUGGUGCCUGGGGUUUUUACUGCACUAGGCUCCUUGAAGAAGUUGCACAUCAACAGUAAUUUCCUGGUGAUGUUGAAGGAGGAUACUUUUCAUGGCUUGGUAAAUUUGGAAUACCUCCAGGCUGACACAAACUUUAUCCGAGUCGUGGAGCCUGGGGCUUUCAGCAAACUUGUCCGUCUCAAAGUCCUGAUCCUCAAUGACAACUCUAUCGAGUUCCUUCCCAACAACAUCUUCCGAUUCGUCCCUCUGACUCAUUUGGAUCUACGUGGAAACAAAUUGCAGACUCUCCCUUAUGUGGGUUUUUUAGAGCACAUCGGACGCAUCAUUGAGCUUCUGCUAGAAGACAACAACUGGGUCUGUGACUGCCAGAACCUUCAGUUGAAGAUCUGGAUCGAGAACAUGCGAGCACAGUCAGCCAUAGGGGAAGUGGUUUGCAGCAGUCCCCAGCAUCUCAAGGGCAUUCCUCUGGCCAAAGUGAAACGGGAUGUAUUGUGCCCCUCCCAUGCGGAUAUAACGUUUGAGGAACCGUCCAAAUCUCUGGACAUGGUGGUCACCCCUUCCACAAAGGUGCUCCAAAUACCUGACUCAAGAAAUGAUGCAAAGAUCCCCACACCUUCUCAUGUCCCAAAGACAUCCUGUGCAUCAAGGUGUUCUUGUCAUAACCAUCCUAGCACCGGGUUCCUCAUCCACUGUGAGGAUCAGGGCAUCCAAAGGAUAUCGGAUCUUGGAAUUUUUCAGCAAAGUCCGAGUAAGCUUGUUUUAACUGGGAACAUGAUAGAGAGACUUCUAAAAUAUGAUUUUGUCACAUAUGACAGUUUGGAAUUGCUGAAUCUGGCAAACAACCAGAUAAACUAUGUAGACAAUGAAACGUUCCUGAGUUUGAGCAGUCUUAAAAAGCUGUAUCUAAACGGUAACAGGAUAGAAAAGAUUACUGCAACUGUGUUUGUGGGUCUCCACAAUCUGGAGUACUUGUACUUGGAAUAUAAUGCAAUCAGGGAGAUUGAGGCAGGGUCAUUCAACCCUUUGACAAACCUAAAGCUCCUGUUCUUAAACAACAACCAGCUCAGUGCUCUACCAGCCCAGAUAUUUAGAAAUGUGCCCUUGACCAAGCUGAAUUUGCGAAACAACCUAUUCAUGCACCUUCAGGUCAGCAAUGUGUUGGAGCAGCUGGAUUUCCUGGAACAGAUUUACCUUGAGGACAAUCCUUGGGACUGCACUUGUGAUCUAGUCAGCAUGAAGCAAUGGCUGGAGAAGCUGAGAAAAGAUACAGUGGUGGGCUCCAUCUUGUGCCACAGUCCCAAAAAGGUGCUGAAUGCUGAGGUCAGGCACCUGAAGCAUGAUGUUCUCUGCCCUGGUUUGGUCACCCUUGAAUCCCUGCCUUCGAGUGAAUUUGGGGUGGAAGCAACAGAAGCACCCGAAGGAGGUAUAAACAGCUUCUUCCAGUCCGUAACAGAUGCAGUUCCUCUUUCUGUCCUCAUCCUCUGCCUUCUUAUUCUCUUCCUUACCAUCAUCUUCUGCUCUGCUGGGAUAAUCGUCUUUGUCUUACACCGCCGACGCAGACAUUCAAAGAAAAAGCAAGCUGAUGAACAGCCUCGUGAAAACAGCCCAAUCCACCUGCAUUACAGCAUGUAUGGACAGAAAACAACUCAUCACUUGGCUGAGAGACAUGACACAAACAUGUAUGAUGAACCCUCUCGAAGUCCCAUCGUUCAGGUUUGCAGGAACCCCAGCUAUUGUUCACAGCACAAAGACUAUGACACAGAGGAUUACGACACAGAGAAACCAAAUCGUCUUUGCCACAGCAUCAUGGAUAAGGAGAACGGCUCCCCCCUUACAGGGUCAAUGAAGUACAAGGCUGUGUCCCAUGAGUAUCCUGCUGAUUUUGUUUCUUUGGGUGACAAGGGAUCUUUGUACAAAAACAUCCUGGAGCGGGAACGUGAACUCCAACAACUUAGCAUCACAGAAUAUCUCAGGAAAAACAUCCCACAGCUACAGGACGUGCAAGUCCCUGGGCAUCAUCAAGAACUCAAACUGAUGGAGACACUUGUGUACACCAGGCCACGGAAGGUUAUGGUGGAGCAGACUAAAAACGAGUACUUUGAACUGAAAGCUAAUCUACACGCCGAACCGGAUUACUUGGAGGUACUCGAGCAUCAGACAACUUUUAACUGAGAUACAGCACACUGUAACACUUUAAUAUCAGACCUGCUUCGAGAGAUAAUACCCAAAGUGCCUUGAUGAGUUUUAAGCAGACAUAAAGUGCAGCUGCUGAUCUUUGUGAAUGUGGUCAUUUAGGGGAACGCAGUAAAGUGUGUGUUACUGAAGCAGAACCUUGACCAUGACCUACUUUGCAUAAUUUAGCAUCAAAUGAGGUCAUUGUCUAUUUGGUUUUAGUCUUGACAAUUUGCCAUAAAUAUCAUGUGCCAUUGGCCAAAUGCAGCUACAUUCAGUCUAGUACUAUAGAACACAUUUGUUUGUCACCUUGUACACUCUUAAAAAUCUAAAAUUCAGUUCUCCUUUGGGGUGGACCCUUUAAAGGUUCUACAUAGAGUCCUAGCACUACUCCAGAGACAGAGUAGAGACAUUACUUCAGCUAGAGACAAUGAUCAGGAUCAUUGUGGGUCUGAAUUGACCAAUCAGUAUUUGAAACUUUUUUUUUAAUUUCCCCCAUGACCCAACCUGACACACAGUAUCUGGGAAGGCAAGAGGGGCAACAAAAUUUUGCAGCUGGUAAAGCCAGUGGCUAAGCACCAUAACUAAAGAAAUGUUUACCAUAGGCUGUACUUGUCAUACCUGUAAAUGUUUAGUUGUCUCUCUUGGAGAACCGUUAAUGGUUCUUUUCAGAACCAUACAACUUACAAGUAAGAAUUCCAAGUAGACACUUAAUUACCUAAGAAAAGAUCAGUCAUGUCAUUCUUAUAUGUAUAGAACACAACACAAAUUAUUGACCAAAACCUAGAACCUACCUGGUGCUAUCCAUAUGGUAUUUUUGGUACUUGUUACACUUAGAAAACAGGGUUAUUUUUAGUGGUAUUUUAUAGGAUCAUUUAAUAAUUUAAGAUUCCUCCUACCAGGGUUCUGCCUGGGACCCUUUUUUAUCUGUUGUAGGGUAUACUAUCUAUAGAGUGAAAUUCGGUCAUGGUGGAUGUAACAGCCAUACCUGUGCAAAUCAUUCAAACCCCUCUUGCUUGCCUGGUUACCAAUGUGAGCCAAGUCAGGACAUGUGGGUGGAAGUAAAAUUAGUGCUCCCUAUUGAUGGGUCAGAGAUCGGCAACAUCAGUAUACAGAUAUUUCUGGGACUUUGUGACCAAGCCGUGCUGUCUGUUUUGGUGGUGAAGUGCAAUUAAAUCAAAGUCUCCUCGUCUUCCAUGCAGCGGCUGUUAAAGCCCACGAGUUAGUUUCUAACUGGCUGUUGGAAUGCUUUUGUUUGGUGGAUUGCUUCUCAUACACUGCUGUACCUUAACCUUAACUCGUACCAACACCAUGGUCCUGUAUUGGUUCUUUUCUGGGGUAGAGUGGUGCCAAUACUUAGUGAAGAAAAAAAGAUGACCUAUGCAGAAGGUGCACCUGAUUUUUGAAAUUGUCAGCUUGGUCUUAUUUGUAAUAUGUCUUCUGUGCAUUUUUUUCAUGAAGUCGUAUUUAUUUAUUCCUGAAAUUCUUUUGGCAAAACAAAAAGUUUCUGUCCAUAACAUUUUAUCUGUUGCAUCUCAUCACAAUCCAAGCAAUUACUGCAGUUCAUCAUUUUAGAUAAAACAAAACAAAAGAAUUGCACUACUCAAUACGCCAUUUAAGAGAUGGCACUUGACAAUCAAGUGUAGCUACUGGUGUGUAUGAGAUUGAUGUAUACAUGUUUUUUUUUCCUUUUCUUUUGAUUAUCAUUAUUCUACAUAAUAUAACAAAGUCUUUUGUCCUCGCAUGAUAAAUAAUUAUGCAGGGUGGUUUUGAAAGGAUUUGCUGUAUGUAAGAGCACCAUAGCUUUAUUUUGUACUGAUGUAGAUCAGAGUUUAUUUAUUCUGUAUAUAUUUGUACAUAACGGAACGUUUCUAUGUAUGUGUGCCUUUCGAUGUUGUAAUGAUGGAUGUAAAUAAAAGUUACAGUAUAGUGUACAGUAAAAACUUAGCAUUGACACCAUGCUAGCACUGGGUUUCUUUUCGACAUAAUAUGCAUUUAAAAGAGAUUCGUUACUGUGUUGAAAUAUAGAAUAAUCUAUUUUCUCACUAAGUUCACUACAAGAAUAUUUGAUGCAAAUUCAAUAAAGCAUGUCACAUGACUCAUAAAAUAUAUAUAUUAUUUGUAUUUUCAGCACCU